AAACCGGGCGGAAACAACUUUCUUGACGUUUUCCUCUUUUUUAAAAAUUUCUUCACACUUUCUUAAACAUCUUUUCCUGUCUUGCUCGCUCCCGACAGUGGUGCUGAGGUGGGCGCGGAAUCCGCCGGCCACGGAGGCGGGCACAUGUCUCGCGAGGGGAGAACCCGACUCUACUCGGCUGGGCGCGGGGCUGUCGGUCUCCCGCAGCCCCGGAAGCGCAUCCUCGUCUGCCCUUGCCUUCCUGUUCCCGGCCUUGCCGGGCUCUGCGCGCCUCCCCACCGUCCCAGGAUCCGCGCCGGCCCGUACCCAGGCCAAGGGGACUCGAGCGACAAGGGCCGCAGCUGGGAGCCCCUCGGCCCUCAAGCGGGUCUCUGGAGAGUCACCUACCUCGUCUUCUGAUCAGCUUUAUAAAGCAGCGUGAGGGAGAUAGAAGCACCCCCAGGAUUAGCAAAGCCACCUGUCAAGCACACUUGCAACCAUGCCCAAGAGAAAGGCAAAAGGAGAUGCUAAAGGUGACAAAGCGAAGGGGAAGGAUGAGCCACAGAGGAGAUCUGCACGGUUGUCUGCUAAACCUGCCCCUCCAAAACCAGAGCCCAGGCCUAAAAAGGCUCCGGCAAAGAAGGGAGAGAAGCUGCCCAGAGGGAAAAAGGGAAAAGCAGAUGCUGGCAAGGAUGGGAACAACCCUGCCAAAAACAGAGAUGCCUCCACAGUCCAGGCACAGAAAGCGGAAGGCACUGGAGAAUCCAAGUGAAGUGUACAUUUUUGAUAGCUUUGUACUUCUAGUGACUCUACUGUUUGAAAUACUGUUUUGUUUUGUUUUUUAAAUCAAAUUUUAUAAAAAUGUAGAAAUUUCGUUUACCUUUUUGUUGUUGUUAUGUUAGCACGCAGAAUGCUUCAUUGUUGUCUUUUGUAGAAAGGUCAAAUACCACUAACAGAAUGUCUCAGAAGACAGACUGAAAUGGGGAAAAAUAGGAUUUUCUGUCCUGGAUUUUGAAGAUUCUUCUUGGUUCCCAGGAGGAAUUCUCUGACAUUUGGACACAGAAGCCUUGUCAUGUGGGGAAGCAAAACUUCGUGUCCUCUUCUCCUUCCCUGAUGCUUUCAGCAUAGACUUGAAACGAGUGUUGAUGAGGCCCUGGUGCCCCUAAAAUCGACUGUGUUAGGUAACAAUACUCAGGCAGUACAGACUUCUGGUGAUGACACGAAGAUGGUGUCAUUCCAAAGAGCCAUGAUUCCUGUGUUUAGUUUGUGGAUUGCCCCAUUGAGAAUCCUGCUAUUUAGUUCAUUUCCUCCAUAUCAGAGUUGGCCUAUGAACAGCUCUUAAGCUACAUGCUUUAUGUGAAAUGUCCACCUGGGUUGAAAGGUUUUCUUGUUCAAAGCAGCAAAAGAAGACUGUUAAAUUCUACAGUGACGUUUUGGGGAGGGGAGUAUGGACAUUGUAAAAUGUUAUUAAUUGUUGCCUAUGCCCUGCUGGAAGUAACAUGACUGUUUUUGAAGAGUAUCUUAUAAAGCUAGAUGCCAGUUGGCUUGGAGAGGGAGGGAUGGAAUCAUUUCCUACUGGAACUCAUUAAGAUGGUCUCCAGUACUGCCUUGUGGAAGUUUUAUAGUUUUAUUCUUCACAUUUGUCCUUAGUCUCCCCUCAACUGAUUUUUGUGAAAAGUGUGAGGCAGAAAUCCUAUUUAGCAUUUUUUCCAUAUGGAAAGUAAUUGUCUCAGAACCAUUUACUGAAAAGUUCAUCCUUUCCUCACUGAUCUUUAAUGUUAGGUCUUUCAUAAACCAAGUUUCUGUGUGUGGGGGUGGGGGGAUGUGGUGGGUCUGUUCCUGUGCUCUGUUCUGAUACACUGAUUAAUCUGACUAACCUUGUGCCAGUAUUAAACUCUCCUGAUUACUACAACUUUAGAAAAAGGUCUUUAUAUCUCAAAGGGCAAAUCCUACCUCCACCCCCAACACCACCACUAAAUUUUUCUUCCUUGGGAGUAUCCUGACUCUUCUUAGCCAUUUGCUCUUUUGUGCAACUUCUAGAAUUAGAUUGGCAAGUUCUACAUUAAACAAACAAACAAAAAUCCUGUUGAAAUUUUGGUUGGAUUUAUAGAUUAAUUUUGGGAGUCAAGUCAUCUUUACAAUACUGAGUCUUCCAAUCCGUGAAUAUAGUAUAGCUCUCCAUUUAUUUAGGCCUUUUAAAUGUCUUUCAAUAAAGUUUUAUAAUUUUCUCCAUAAA